ACAACUGCUGCUCUAACAACAACUGCAGUUUCAACAACUGCUGCCCCAACAACAACUGCUGCUUCAACAACAACUGCUGCUCCAACAACAACUGCUGCUUCAACAGCAACUGCUGCUCCAACAACAACUGCUACUCCAACAACUACGACAACCCAAACCACGACUGCAGCUCCAACAACUACUGUCACAACUACAACACUUCCCACUACUACAACCACAACCACAACCACUACCACUACAACCACCACUACAACACUUCCCACCACUACAACCACAACCACUACCACUACAACCACCACUACAACCACCACUACAACCACCACUACAAUCCCAACUACAACUACGACGACUGUGGCAGCUCCUGUAACGGGACCAGUCAUGUACACAUACCAUGACACCAACAAAUACUGGAAUGAGGCUCGCACAAUAUGCAUACAGAAUGGAGGCGAUAUAGCGUCACUGGACACACAGGAACGAUUCGACGCAGUGACGAUGUUCCUAGACGACAGGAAACGCUUGCUGCAGAACGUGGCCAACUCUCUAUUUGUGGGUAUCACCCGAAGUGCCGCUGAUGGGAAACUCUACUGGACCAACGGCGCCCUCAUGGACAGCAACAACGUAUGGGCUAGUGGAUAUCCCCAAGCGCAACAGAGUUGCGGAUAUACGGCCCCUUUCGAAAAUAUGAUAUAUAGAACCUACGACUGUUCUAUUUUCAGUUCUAGCUUCCUCUGUCAGACACCUGCUUAAGUGAAACUCAUCUUCUAAUAGUUUAUUGGAGGGUUAGGGAAGAACAGAAUGUAUAUUUUAUCAUAAAUACCACUCAGAAAGAACGUUUAAAUUCAUUAUGUAGACAUAAAGUUAUCAUUGUUCAUUCCAAUUUCCUGAAUUACAAAACCUUAAAUAAUAAUCUCUUUUCUCAUAUACGUUACCCACGCAUUGGACAUAAGAACACAAGCUCCGACAUAAUAAGCUCCGUCAGCUUCGUAAUAAUAUUCGCGUUCCAUCUCAGUAAUGUCUUGGCACACCAUGUAAAUCAGACUGGCACUCCUUAAAGUUUGAGGAUAUUACUUGUAGGGACAUGACCAUAUGGUGCGUGUUAUCUGUAUAUUCGUUGUGUUUUUAUUAACAUUCCCAAAUACAAUAAAGAUGCAUUAAGUACCAGCAAUUUGAAAACUAUCUUUGUAUUGUGCUGUAGAACCUAUUCGAUUGUGAGUAGAUGUAGGGUUACACAGAAUUCAAUCUACCGUCCACCUCUUUAUCUAUGAUUGGCAUCUGCAUCGCCAUUAAGUUGUUUUACGAUUUUUUAAUAUUUUUAUGAACUUAACCUCAAAUUUUGUUUGAACAAGUUCAUAAAUGUUUCUGUACUGAAAAUGUUUUCAUUCACUUAUUUUCUACCUUCCGUUCGGGUUUGUUUCUGUACCUGGUGUAGGUGUUCUUCACGGAGACUGUGAAAAAGCAGAUUGGUACCACCGUCCAUCAAAAUAUUCCGUGAUGGAAUU